AACCCCAGAUCUCUUCUGUUGGCUUGUAGAUUUGCUCGACCCCUCUGUCUUGAGCUUUCCAGCAUCAACAAGUGUAACAUCUGCGUGGGUUGGGCUCAGUGACAUUACCUAUCGAUCCAUGUUUGGCAGAAGUUGCAAAGGGAAGAAGAGCUGCAAAAUUGACUGUUUCAUUCUCGUGAUCGAUUUGGUGAACAGAAUCUAUGGCUGGAUCUGAUCCAAUCUAGAGACCCUAUUCUAAUCCCAAAAUCUAUUUAAUGUAAUGAGGGAAAUAUCUUCUUCUCGUCUGCUGGUUUCUUUGCUCUUUCACGAACACUCUAAUCUCCUUCCUCUUAGAUAUCACAUUCCCCUUUUCCCUCAUAUUUGAUUUGGGUUUCGAUCCUUUCUCACCGAGAAUCAGUAUCGACCCAUCAAAUCUUCGACUUUUUGCCGGCAGAACCAACAAAAUCCGAUCUUUUUGAUGCGUCCUCGUUCCAUUUCUAAUUUGCUCACCAGCGGUGAAGAGGGAAUGCUCAUAUCAGUUAAAUGAUCAUCUGAGUUGUUUAUAUUGCUGGUUUGGGUUAAUGGGUAGAGGCAGAGGCAAGGGGAAGAAAUUGACCAUGGUCACUGGUAAUGAGGAUCCAGGGAGUGGUGGUGAAGAGGUGCUCCCUACAUAUAAGAGGAGAGGAAGGCCUCAGAAGCCCUUGAAGGAUGAAUCUGAUGAUGAAACUGAAAAGAUUGAAGACGAAGACAAUGUGAAGCUUACUGCACAAAGCAAAGAAAUUAAGGGUUCAACAAUGGUGAAUGGGAAGAAGAGGACUCGAUAUUCAAAUGCAAAACAGAACUCUGACUUGGUCAUCGACAAAAUUAGUGCCGGAUCGCAGUCCAUAGAUGAGGAUUCAACUAGGUCUAAUGGUUUUCGACAUAAUGGGAGCCGGCGGAAGAGCAAGCCUCGUCGAGCUGCCGAAGCUGGAGUUGAGUGCAAGUAUGUCGUAUGUCACCAUGUAAAUUAAGCUGGAAGCUGCCCGGUGAAAUCUGCUACAUGAUAUGGUGUAAUCUGCUGCCCUCUCACUUCUUUUCUUUAGCCAUAUCAGUCAGUGAAUUCUGUGAGGUUUGUAUUUGAACCUUUCAAUUCUUGUGCUGUAUCUGCCAGCUGAAUCCAUUGCACAAUAUGUGCAAUAAUAGAAGAAAUGACUUGAGCACAUGUGGAAGCUUCAAUCUAAAGUGUAAG